AUGGCUGAAAAUGAAGUGGUGGUCAGUUCCACACACCAAUACAAAAACAGCGGAACACCUUUAGUACCAUUUGAUCACGCUCAGUAUUUCUUGAUAGCUUUGACAAAUCCCACAGUACCUAAUACGUCAUUUAGCAGAGUUUCUCCAUUUUUGAUACAUAAGGCUCUUCUUUCUCUUCUAGGAGAAGUAGCCUCAGUUAAAAAAUUACGUUCAGGCGUUAUAUCACAGUCCGAAUUUAUCAAUGAUACCGAAGAAAAUAUUGUAGAGGAAUUGCGUGACCAACACGUUAUUGCUGUUCGAAGAAUAAAGAUUCGUCGAGAUGGUCAACUUAUCCCGACAAAACAUCUCAUUCUUACCUUUGCUACUCCAAACUUACCAUCUGCCAUCAAGCUUGCCUGGUAUAACUGCCCGGUUAGACCAUAUGUGCCAAAUCCUUUGAGAUGCUUCCAAUGUCAAAGGUUUGGACAUUCAAAGGCAUCUUGUCGAAGCAAGCCCAUCUGUGCCCGCUGCUCUAGCAGUGACCAUGCUGAUACAACCUGUGAGUUACAGCCCCACUGCGUCAACUGCAAUGGUGACCAUGCGGCCUACUCCAGGAAUUGUACAAAAUGUUCACAGGAAAAAGAGAUUCAGUCCGUCAAAGUUUUACAGAAUCUGACUUUCAAUGAGGCACGCCGAAUAGUAACCGCUCGAACCCCACACCCAGGCGUGUCCUAUUCUGCGGCUAUAAAGGUAACCAGAUGCUCUGUCAGUACUCAAACAGACCUUCCACCUUUGCCUUCUACAUCUCAUCAAGUUGAAAAUGCAGCUCAGAAAUCGAAAUUUAACUUUAAUGCACCAUCAAACAGAACAACAUCUCCUCCUCCUAAAAAUACUCAGAAAAAACCUCACCUUUCCCCAAGCAGCUCGUAUCAACAAAAAUACCCCUAA